AUGCCUCCUCGGCCCCGCAAGGGUCACCGCAAGUCCAGGACCGGCUGCACCAACUGCAAGCGGCGCAAGGUCAAGUGCGAUGAGAUAAAGCCCGAGUGUGGGAACUGCGUCAAGCAUCGCAUAAGAUGUGACUACCUGGACUCGACGCUGGCCAUGACCCCACAGUCGUCCGCGGCCGACGUCCAAGCAUGCGGCUCCACAUCGCCGCAAGACGCCAGCAUGGCCGACGACGGGAUUCCGCCCAUUGACCCGCGCUUCAUGGGCAGUCCGACGCCACUGCAUCACGGCCACGAAGUCAGCCUGGCGCUCAACGUCGUCGACCUGGAGCUGAUGUACAACUUCAUCACCUCGACGUCGCACACCAUGUCGUCCAUCCCCGAACUGCGCAACCUGUGGCGGCUCGAGGUGCCGCGCAUCGCCUUCCGGCACGACUUCGUGCUGCGCGCGCUGCUGGCCGUGUCGGCCCUGCACAUGGCCCAGUUCAAGCAGGACCCCGACGCCCGCGACUUCUACGUGGAGCGCGCCCUGGCCCAGCACCGCCUCAGCCUGCGCGAGCCCAUGGCCAUGCUGCAGAACCUGUCGGCAGAGAACGGGUCCGCCGUGUUCGUCUUCGCCGUGCUGACGGCCGUGCUGUCCCUCGCGACGCCGCGCCAGCCCAACGACCUGCUGGUCGUGGGCGACGGCGCCGGCGGCAUCACCAACUGGCUGUUCCUCCUGCGCGGCGUCAGCUCCGUGGCCGACAGCUCGCGCGAGUGGAUCCUGUCGGACAACAUCGCCGGCAUGGUGCACCGCAUCAACGUGCCCGUCCUCGACGCCGAGAUGGCCGCGGAGGAGGGCCCGCCGCCCGAGGACGAGGAGCAGGAGCAGCUCAAGACGCUGCGCCGCUUCCUGCAGCGCGACUUUGGCGCCGACGCCGCCGACAUUGCCGACGGCGGCAACGGCGUCCCGGACGAGCUGCGCGUCUACCUCGAGGCCACGGACAAGCUGUCGCGCGCCUUCGCGUACUUCUCGCGCUCCAACUCGCGCGCCACCGACAGCGAGGUCCGCGCCAUCUUCAUCUGGAUCUACCGCGUCUCGGACGAGUACCUCGGGCUGCUGACCCAGUUCCGCCCCCACGCCCUGCUCAUCUUCGGCUACUACAGCGCCCUGCUGCACCGCCUCGACUCGCUGUGGUGGGUCAAGGGCUGGGGCACCCACCUCAUCUCGCUCAUCUACGGCCAGCUGGAUCCGUAUUACCGCGCCUUGCUGCGGUGGCCGAUCGAAGAGAUCGGCUGGGUGCCGUCGUAG